CGCCGUCGCAGAAUGUGCCACUGGCAGUUGACAAUCCAAACUGUGCCAGUUUGCGAAGUGAAUCGAACUCCAUCAACGAAACGUCUUCUGAUCUCAUAACCACAUCCUUACCGUCAUUCACGACGACGAUGCUCAGUUUCAAAAGGCGCUCCUAGUUGAUUUUGCGCAAAAGAGACUCCCCUUCUCUUAUCAUUCCCUUUUACCGGUCACAGAGGGUAGGCAGGGCGGCAUGGCAAAUCCAGAUACAGGGUUGCCGUCACCAUCUUCUGGAACGGCAGCGCUGUCAUCUUACUUCAACGGUACUGCGGCUGCCCCCGAUCAGCGAAGCGCAAGUGCUACGCAGUUGUCGCAUCCAGUUGCUCCCUCAGAGCAGAGUCCUGUCAAUAAUCAACGUGAUCAAAUAUUAUCUCCGACUCAGUCCAGUCUUCAUCCUCUUCCUACAAAACCAGUCAGCCAGCUCUCUUCCCAAGCCACCACCCCAACCAUGACUCAGUCUUCUACACCCGCUCUUGCGCAGUCCAAGCCCCGCAUAGUGGGUGGCUUUGAAGUUGAUGAUGAUCCUGAAGAUGAAGAAGGGACACAAGACGGAAAGGAUGAGGUUGAUGUCUACGAUCCAUCCGUGGGGCUAGACUUCGAUGUCUCGACACCUGCUCCUACCUCUGCAAAUCAAAACUCCAAUUCCCUUAAUAGAGCUUCCCAGUCACCAGAACAAGAAAAUGGAAUCACUCCUGUUCCUGUCCAGGCCACUGGUAGUCCUGCUGACGCUGACCUUUCUUCUUCCACUACUCUUCCUUCUGGUGCCAGUGCUGAUGUGCGUGCUGCCACUGCCACACCUUCUCAAACAGCUCCUGAUCUUCCGACUCAGAAUUCUCCACCUCGCUCGCAUGUGAAUGCCUCUGUUGCUCCAGGCUUACCCAAGUCUCGACUAGCUCAUGAUGUGGUCGGUAUUCUGGAAGAUCGCAUCAAGGAUGACCCUCGUGGUGACAUUGAUGCUUAUCUUGAACUAAUCGACGAAUUGAAGAGUCGAAACAAACAAGAAGAUGUCCGUCAGGUGUAUGAGCAAUAUCUCAAAGUCUUUCCUCUUGCCGCUGAACAAUGGUGUGCGUACGUCAAAUGGGAAGAGGAGAAUGAUCGAAUGCGCGCCAUGGAAACCCUCUUCAAUCGAUCCUUGCUUGAUGUGCUUGAUGUUCAACUCUGGACGUUGUACAUCAACUAUAUCCGCCGGCGAAACAGCAUGCAAACAGGCGACAUCACUCGCUCGUACACCAUCAUCAACGAUUCCUUCACCUUUGCUCUCAAGACAAUCGGCAUGGACAAGGACUCUGGCCAAUUAUGGCAAGACUACAUUAAUUUCCUCAAGACCGGCCCGGGAAUUGUUGGGGGUAGUGGUUGGCAAGACGGAGCAAAAGUCGACGCUUUGCGGGAGGCGUACCAGAAAGCAAUUGCUGUUCCAACCGCGGCAACCAUGCCGUUGUGGAAAGAAUAUGAUGCGUUUGAAACAGGGCUGAACAAGAUCAACGGUCGAAAAUAUCUUCAAGAGAAGUCCCCCGUCUACAUGACUGCCAGAACGGCAUAUACCCAACUGCAGAACUUGACAAAGGGCCUAAAGAGGACCUCAAGGCCGCAACUGCCACCGGCGCCUGGCUUCGAGGGCCAUGCCGAGUAUAUGCGUCAAGUCGGUCUGUGGAAGCAGUGGAUUGAAUGGGAGAAGGAAGACAACCUUGUUCUCCAAGAUGAAGACCCUGCUUUGUACAAGAAUCGGAUCCUGUUCACAUACAAGCAAGCUCUCAUGGCCCUAGAAUUCUGGCCGGAGAUGUGGUAUGAUGCAGUUGAAUUCUGUUUCAGCAACGGCCUUGAUGCCGACGGUACCAAACUUCUCAACCAAGGAAUCGCAGCCAACCCAGAAUCACCCCUGUUGGCGUUUAAAUUGGCAGACCGUAUCGAAACAUCGACCCAAAACGACGAAAGUGCAGAUCCUGGUGCCAAAGAACGGAUGAAGAAAAUUCGGGAUCCGUAUGAUAAGUUGCUGGACGCACUCUAUGACCUGAUAAAGAAAGUAUCGAUCCAUGAGAAACAAGACAUUCAGAGGGUGGAGCUCACCGCAGCUGGCAAUGGAGAUGGCGCGGGGGACGAGGACCUCAAUGCUUCUAAUGUUGCGGCCAAGCAAGCGGUCAUCGACAGCCAGAUUGAGACGAUCAAGAAGAGUGCUCACGCACAGACUGAUGUCCUCAGUCGAAUGGUUUCGCAUGUCUGGAUUGCGCUGAUGCGAGCAACCCGACGAGUGCAGGGGAAAGGAUUGCCUACGGAACGAGGCCCGAGUGGCUUCCGUGCUGUCUUUGGCGAGGCGCGCAAGAGAGGCAAGCUCACGAGCGAUUUCUACGUCGAAUCUGCGCGCAUUGAGUGGCAAUGCUAUCGGGAUCCUACCGGGACGAAGAUCCUUGACCGUGGUAUGAAGCUGUUCCCUGAAGACGAUUACCUCCCGCUGCAGUACGUCAAGCACCUCUUUGACAUCAACGAUGUCACGAAUGCACGAGCCGUCUUCGAAACCACGGUCAAGAGACUCCUGGGUCAUGAUGAUGCCGAACAUACAGCAAAGGCCAAACCGUUGUUUGCUUUUCUGCACGAUUAUGAAUCCAAAUACGGAGAAUUGGCGCAGGUCCAGUCGCUGGAAGAGCGGAUGAAGAAGCACUUCCCUGAAGAUCCUAUGCUCAAGCUCUUCUCCAGCCGAUAUAACACAUCCAGCUUUGACACUAUGAACACCUAUCCCGUCAUCUCACCACAACAAGUCCAGCCUCUGCAAAAUGCGGUCAUGCCCUCUGUGGAGGUACCUGAAGUCGUCAACUCCCCUAUCCAGAAGGUGAUUGACGCGAUUACGACCAAUUCUCCCAAGCGACCAUUCCCCGACGAUUUUGAAGAUAUCGGGCCACGCAAGUUAGCACGCGGCGAGUCCCCACUGAAGGGUGCAGCGGGCCGUCGCAUGAAUCAACAGCAGCAACAGCAGCAGCAGCGCCAGGUCAACCCUCCUGUCGGCCUACCGCAGUUUCAAGCUCCCCCAUCCUUACCCCCAGCUGUUGUUUACCUUCUGAGCAUCCUGCCAAAGGCGUCUACGUAUGUUGAUGCCAGGUUUGACGCCGUGAAGAUCAUGGAGCUCAUUCGUGACGUGCGUUUGCCUCCGCCGGCAGCAGUUCCAGCCCAACACAGCCAGACUCCGGCCCAAGCACCUCAGCCAGCAUGGGCAGCGUAUCCACCACAUCCACCAGUGCCGAUCCCGCCACAAGGCUUCGCGCCGCCGCCCAGCGUUACACAAGGUCCAUACGGAGGAGCACCAUUCCGAUACGCCUAGACACGGCCACUGUACUGGAGGGCGGGGAAUCGGUUGGGAUCCAGAGCAUGAUGUAAAACCAAUACUUGAUUUUUCAGCAUUUUAGCCAGUUGGAAGUCCAGAUCAGGCUGAGAUAGCAAGGAAUGCACGCUAUCACGGAGCCUCGGACAGGAUGGGCUAAUUGGGACCAUGCACGAUGGAAAAGUCGGCUGCUCUGAGCCAGCCAUGAAAUCUCCGAGAAUAAUAAUUAUCUUGAAAGAAGUUAUUGUUUUGUCUGCGUGUGGUCUUCCAGCUCUUGUCUCUGUUAUCUCCUUUGCUUCUCCGCGGUAUGCCGCAG